UCAAUCACCCGAUUACUUCAUGUUUCUACAAUGCCAGGAAACUGUUUAUAACGGCACAUCCUCCAUCCUUCUUUCGACUACAGGAAGAAACAACAAUGAGAACAACAGGAAGUGUGUUGGUGGUCGUUAUCUGGUCUGUGACAGGAACUAUGGCAACAGAAUGUGGACAAACAAGCCAAGUGACGGUGUCUCCCACCAACCCAGUGUGGGGACAGGAAGUGAUAGUGUCCUGUAACGACCCCUGUAGUCUGAUUGACAACCAAAACCACACCUACAUCUGGUACAAGAACGGACACCUAGUCGAUUCCUCCAUCCAGCAAUUCAAUGACACCAGUUUUUAUACAACCAGUUACUCCUGUGCUGUAGAUGGUUCUGAGGAUCUCCACUCUCCUGUAGUUUGUGUUGUUGGUUCAAACUGUAUCAAUGUGACUUACACUUAUCAGAGAAUAAUUGCCCCAAAGGGCUCAACUGUGGAUCUUCCCUGCACAUACCAACAUCCAAAUGAGCACACAGUCAUAGAAAUUAACUGGUAUAUCCAAGGAGAACGUGAUGAGGGACCAACAAACCUGAGUUCAUUGCCAGAGUAUUCAGGUCGUGUGAAGUACCUUGGAGAUAAUGUGCGUGACUGUACCCUGAGAAUCACAGACCUGAGAGAGACUGACUCAGCUGAGUACAAGUUCAGAUUUAAAACACCGUAUGGAGAGUGGGGGUACAGCUUCCCUGGAACAACUCUGACUGUAACAGGAAUAGGACAUGCUCUCCUGUCUCCCUGGGUCCCCGUGGUUACAGUGGGGGCCGUCCUCACUGUUGCAGUUCUUCUAGUCACCAUCUACUGUACCAUGAGGAGGAGAUCUACAGGAGGAAGUGACGCUACAACAGACCCACAGACCCCCACAUUGACCAACCAACACAUAUAUGCUGAGUCAUCUGUUUAUGAGAACUUAAGAUAACCACCACAGAAACUGGACUGAAGAGAACCACCACAGAACCUGGACUGAAGAGAACCACCACAGAACCUGGACUGAAGAGAACCACCACAAAACAUGGACUAUGGCACCAAAGCUAAGUCUCUAUUGUUACUGUGUUGCCACAGUGUUUCCAGACAAAUUCAAACUUUAGACUAUAUUCUGUAGUUGAUAUAUUUGUCCUUGUAAUGACAAUGUUCUAUGCAAACAUCUGUUGUAAUAAAUUACAUUAUAUA